CUUUUUCCGGGAACCAUCAUCAUCUUCGCUCCCAUACGCCCGCUUGAUCCGCCCGCCCUCCCACGUUAUCGAAAACUCCACUCCACUCCUCCCGUCGACCAACUAAACUCGCCGCAAUGUCCAUCGUCUUCCGCCGUGGUAUUUCCACCAUCAUCCCUCCCAAGGUCGCCUCGCCGAACGCCAUCGGGGCCGCCAAGGAUGCCGCACGCAUGAGCCGUGUCGUGGACUUCUACAGCAAGCUCCCCCGAGGUCCCGCUCCGGCCAUCAAGCCUUCCGGCCUCCUCGGACGUUACCAGGCCCGUUACUUCGGCGACAAGCCCAGCGCCAUGCCGCUUAUCCACCUGAUCGGAGGUCUUAUUGCGAUCGGAUACGCUCAGCAAUACUACUUCCACCUGCGCCACCACAAGAACAACGCUCACUAAGCAGUCCCCCGGAACCGAAAUUGUAGAAUAGUUGGUCGGUGGAGUCGGUUCGAUGAACAAAUGAUACAGAUUAGAUUUUGACAGACCCC